AAAGAGGCUUCCAAGAAAUUCUUACAGUAUGGUCGCUCUUAAGUUUUUCUCGGGUGAUGUAUGUAUGUACAUACAUACAUACACACAAGUACUUUUGAUCAAUUGUUAUUUGAUUUUGAAUUUUAAUUGAACGUCAUGUGACGCAUAUGGUGUUCAAAGAUGCGGUAAUCAGUUCUCUUCCACAUCGUACAGCUCACAGAGUGUGUGACACGGAUGAUACGAUUCGUUGCGUCAUGAUAGAACGACGAUUAAUGCGGCAAGUAAAUAUAUAGUAAAUGCGGAUUGAGAAGACUCGAGAGAAAUACGCGCGUGUGAGAGCAACUAUGCCUUCAGAGAUGAGAUCGAUCGACAGAAGUGAUUGGAUCACAGUGGCUGUUUUGUGUUUUGUAAAUCUUAUAAAUUAUAUGGAUCGCUUUACAAUUGCUGGUAUCUUGAACGAUAUUAAACAUGACUUUGAUAUUACCAACGAUAAGUCAGGAUUACUACAAACUGCAUUCAUUUUGAGUUAUAUGGUAUUUGCACCAUUAUUUGGAUACUUGGGAGAUCGUUACAAUAGAAAAUUUAUUAUGAGCAGUGGAGUAUUUUUAUGGUGUCUAACAACGUUGAUGGGUUCUUAUAUGAAAACAUUUGGAUGGUUCCUGUUUUUCAGGACACUUGUUGGUAUAGGAGAGGCAAGUUACUCCACAAUUGCUCCAACCAUAAUUAGUGAUUUAUUCGUGAAAGAUGUGCGUUCAAAAAUGCUUGCCCUUUUUUACUUUGCUAUUCCAGUUGGAAGCGGUUUAGGAUAUAUUACGGGAGGUGAAACAGCCCGUAUUACUGGCCACUGGCAAUGGGGAUUACGUAUUACUCCUGUAUUAGGUGUUGUAGCAAUUCUUCUAUUACUCACUGUUGUAAAAAAUCCCAUCAGAGGUGAACGAGAAGGUGGUGUUCAUUUGACAAGUACCACAUGGUCGUACGAUAUAAAGCAGUUAUCAAAAAAUCCAAGCUUUAUGCUCUCUACCGCAGGAUUUACUUGCGUGGCAUUUGUCGCUGGUGCAUUGGCAUGGUGGGCACCGACAUAUUUACAACUAGGUUUCCAAUUACAUUCUGACAACACAGAUGUUAAUCCGGAUGAUGUCGCAUAUAAAUUCGGAUUGAUCGGCAUGGCAUCUGGCUUAAUAGGAGUACCCUUAGGUUCGACAUUAGCACAAAAGUUACGAUCUCAUUGGCAGCAAGCUGAUCCUCUGAUUUGCGCUACUGGUCUUCUAAUAAGCGCGCCUUUAUUAUUCUUCGCUAUGAUUACUGCCAAUACAAAUUCCGUUCUCUGUUACACGUUGAUAUUUUUCGGUCAGUUGUCGUUGAAUUUGAAUUGGUCUAUCGUAGCAGACAUGUUGUUGUAUGUGGUAGUUCCUACAAGGAGAUCUACGGCGGAGGCAUUCCAAAUACUUAUCGCUCAUGCAUUCGGAGACGCGGGCAGCCCCUAUCUUAUUGGACUCAUAUCCGAAGGUUUGAAGUCCCUAUAUCUGCCGAAUUUGCCUAUAAGAGAUCAAGAGCAAUCUGGUGUUUACGAUGGUCAGAAUAUAAGCGUCGAAUUCCGUAGCCUACAAUAUGCAAUGUUUCUUACAAUGUUCGUAGAAGUAAUAGGUGCUCUAUUUUUCUUCCUGACAGCAUUGCAUAUACAGCAAGACAAAGCAUUGGUUGAUCUUGCUAUCGCGGUGCAUGAAUUGUUCUCAACUUUGGACUUAGAAGCACGAGUUUUGGGAUCAAAAGGAAGACAAAUGUCUAGAUACUAAGAAUAAUGGGCAAGCUGAAUCAACGCAUUUAUAGAUCAUCACUGGGCUUCAUCUGAUAGUGCGCUGUAUAUCCGGUGGCAGCAUUUCAGACUCGAUAUGUAUAUGCAACGAUGCAGUUGACAGCGAAUUACAGAACGAUCGGAAUACAAUAUUAGAAAUAAAUAGGCAUCACGCGGAAACAUCCGAUUAGAGCGACAGGUUCGAGCGAACCUAUAAGCAGCUAUUCGAACGGCCACACUGUAACGUUGUCAGAAAUAUAAGUUUUAUUUUAAGUACGUUUAAAGUGUACAGUGUCAUACGAUACACAAGUGUGUGUGAUUGAACUGAAAACAUGUGUAAGUGAAACAUAAAAUGUACAGAGAAAGAAAAUUGAUGUAUACUUAAUUACGCGGAGGAUCAUUCUAUACACACACACACACACACAUACACACACAACAUAGGAUAAUGCAGCAGAGAGCGUUACA